UUUUAUGAAAAGGAAGACAUGGCAGGGAAAAGUUUUCACCAGUAGUUUUGCUGCUUACUGCUUGCAGCACCUUUUCUCUCGCCGCACUUUCGCUUGGUUUCACCUGGGGGUCAAAUCUAGGGCCAUGCAUGAUAUGAUAACAGCGAAUCACAGACCAUCCAUCUACACAAAGCUUGACAGUAUUGUACUUUAUCUGAACCUGGCCUCUCAAUCAGUCACACCAAACCCUGCCAAAAAGGAGAUCUCAGUUAGACAUAUCACGCAUCCCACUCGGAAAAACAAGUUGCACAUAUCACGCUCUGUUUGCACAAAGCGGCCUAAACAGAUGCCUCAAGAAUAUUUACACCUACCGUGGGCAGGAGCAGGGUAUAUAUAAUUUGUGCAAAAUGAGGAUGUACGCAAUUAACCAGAGUUCUGACCGUGUAUAUAUGUACAUGACCACAGGAAGAAGGCAUUAAUUCUUGAGACUUGAGAGCCAGUCCACUAUCACCAGUAACCGAGCCGACAAUGGCUUCCUCUUUGCUCCACUGCUCCGACAAGCUCCCGUUCAUGGACGUGGAGACCAUCCUCCACAUGAAAGAAGGCCUCGACGAGACGAGCUACGCGCAGAACUCGUCGCUCCAGAAAAGGGGCAUGGACACUCUCAAGAGCCUCAUCAUCAACUCGGCAACGGACGUGUACAUCUCCCAGAUGCCGGAGAGGUUCACCGUGGCGGACCUCGGCUGCUCCUCGGGCCCCAACGCGCUCUGCCUGGUGGAAGACAUCAUCGGGGGCAUCGGCAAGGUCUGCUGCCGGUCGUCGCAACCGCCGCCGGAAUUCUCGGUGCUCCUCAACGACCUCCCGACCAACGACUUCAACACCAUCUUCUUCAGCCUGCCGGAGUUCACCCACAGGCUCAAGUCCGCCGCCAAGUCCGACGAGUGGGGCCGGCCGAUGGUGUUCCUCUCCGGCGUGCCCGGGUCCUUCUACGGGAGGCUGUUCCCGAGGACCAGCGUGCACUUCAUCUGCUCCUGCUCCAGCCUGCACUGGCUCUCUCAGGUCCCGCCGGGGCUAUUUGACGAGGCGAAGACGCCGAUCAACAAGGGGAAGAUGUACAUAUCAAGCACGAGCCCUCCCGCCGUGUCAAUAGCCUACCGGCGGCAGUUCCAGAGGGACUUCAGCCUGUUCCUCAAGUCGCGCGCCGCCGAGGUGUUCCCCGGCGGCCGGAUGGUGCUGGCCAUGCUCGGCAGGCAGACGGACGAGUGCGUGGACCGGAGGACGACCUUCCUGUGGGAGCUCCUCUCAGAGUCCUUCGCGGCGCUCGUGUCGCAGGGGCUGGUGGAGCAGGACAAGGUGGACGCCUACAACGUGCCCUUCUACGCGCCGUCGCUGCAGGAGAUCGAGGUGGAGGUGCGGCUGGAGGGGUCCUUCAGCCUCGACUACGUGCAGACGUACGAGAUCAACCUGAGCAGCAGCGGCGACGCCAAGGAGGACGGAAGGACGGUGUCCAUGGCGAUCAGGGCCAUCCAGGAGUCCAUGCUCAGCCACCACUUCGGCCCGGACAUCGUCGACGCGCUGUUCCACAAGUACACGCAGCUCGUCACCGAGUCCAUGGAGAGGGAAGAGGUCAAGAGUGUCCAGAUAGGGGUAGUCCUCACCAGGUUGUGACUCGGGUCUACUGACUGUAUUCUUUUUAGCAAUUUAGCUUGACUCUGUUCUGUUGUCGUAUUGUUUAGUGGUGCCUAGUAAUUGGCAGCAAGUGAGAUUUAUCAUGGGAAAGUGUUUAACAUACCACA